AUGAGUUUUCUUAGUCAAAUUUUGCAACGCAUACUGGAGAGCAAGUCUUUUGUACAGACCAUUUUCUUGCUUGCCAUUCUCUAUGCAGUAUAUCUGGUCCUGCGGAUCGGUCAUCGCCCAGCGGACCUACCACCGGGCCCUCCUACUUUACCGAUCAUUGGCAAUUUGCAUCAACUACCCGCCAAAGAUGUGCACCUAAGUUACCGAGAAUGGUCAAAGAAAUAUGGGCCAAUCUUCAGUCUGAUGUUGGGACAGCAAACUGUCAUUGUGCUGGCUGAUGGAGUUGUCAUCCGCGAGCUAGUCGAUGCCAGAGGAUCAAACUAUGCCGAACGGCCAAAUCUGUGGGUUCGUGGAUUGUUUGAUCACUCACGGAUUAUCAUGAGAGGAUACGAUGCACUUUGGCGGCUGGAGCGCAAGCUGUAUCAUGCUGCCCUGAACAUCAAGACCGCACAGAAGUACAUACCUUAUCAAGAACUUGAGACUCUCCGAUGCUGUGUCGAGUUGCUCGAAGAACCUGCCGAUUUCGUCUCCAGUCUCGGUCGCAUGACAGGGAGCAUCGCAACCAGCAUUACUUAUGGCAUGCGGCUUCCGAGUAAAAAUGAUCCUUCGACACAAGAACUUCUGGAAAACUCUCACGGCUUCUUCUCCUGUGUUGUCAAGACACAGUGGAUGGACUGGUUUCCUUCAUUGCGCCCGCUUGUGGAUUGGCUCCCGCCAUCUCUGAACCCCGUGGCACAUACUGCGCGCUCGGCGUAUAUGAAAGAACGAGCAGUGUUCAAGAAGUACUACGAGAUUGGGCUGCAGAGUAUACACCCAUGCUUUGCUCUUGAUAUUGCAGAAGCAAAGCAGAAUUGGGAAGGCACUCCUGAUGGCGAUGCCUUGACUGAUCAUACAGCGUCCUACGUGGCUGGCAUAUCUUUCGAAGGAGCUGCCGACACGACAAGAUAUACGCUGCAAGGCUUUGUCAAAGCUAUGGCAAUGUUUCCAGAGGCCCAACGAAAAGCGCAGGCAGAGAUUGACAGAGUCGUGGGUGAAGACUGCCUUCCUAUGGCAACACAUCUGAAGCAACUGCCUUACAUCAACGCCACCGCCAAGGAGACGAUCCGUUGGAUGCCCACUGCUAUCAAUGGCGCCAUUCCUCACGCCGCGCGUGAAGAGGAUAACUACAGGGGAUUCCGCAUCCCUAGAGGCGCAUCAAUUGUGCUGGCGGUCUGGUCGGCAAACCACAAUGAGCACGAUUUCCCCAAUCCGCGACACUUCAACCCAGAUCGGCAAGAGGCGACGACUUCUCUGUUCGAAUCUGCUACCGCUAGUACCCCAGCUAAGCGGGGACAAUGGGGCUUCGGCUCCGGUCGUCGAAUGUGUCCCGGAAUACACGUGGCAUCCAAUACGCUGCUCCUCGCCAUCACUCGAAUCCUCUGGGCAUUUGACAUUAAGCCCGGCAAGGAUGAAAAUGGCCAAGAAAUCCCAAUUGAACGGGAUGCCAUGAUGGGAGGCCUCGCAGCGGCGCCGGCGCCUUUUGCAUGCAACAUCACUCCGCGUAGUACCGACAGAGCGGCAACUAUAAUACGUGAAUGGGAGAAAUGUUCGAAUGAGCUUUUAACGGAGAAGGGAGCUUACAAACGAGCUAUGACUUCGUAA